UAGAGGCGUGUGUUUGUUUUGCAGCCUGUCUGUGGAGUGGACGCCGGUGUCCACAGUGGGUCUCUCAUCUUCCCAGCGGACUGUCAGUGGGGCAGGUGGACUGAAGUCCGUGUUUUUCUUUUGUCGUUUUUUCGGACACAGGAGUGGGGCUUCGUGUCGUUAUUUUUUGUCGUGUUUGUUACAGACUAACUGGUCCGUGGGGCCAUGACUUCGGUUUGGAAACGGCUUCAGCGGGUCGGAAAGAAAGCAGCCAAGUUCCAAUUCGCUGCUUCUUUUCAAGAACUGAUCCUAGAAUGCACCAAUAAAUGGCAGCCGGACAAACUGAGGGUGGUGUGGAUCAGGAGGAACAGACGACACUGCACAAAGCUCCACAGCUGGCAGCCAGGGAUUAAGAACCCAUACCGAGGCCUGGUGGUUUGGCAGGUUCCAGAGAGCUUGGAUAUCACUGUCACACUCUUCAAGGAACCUACAGCAGAGGAGUUUGAAGACAAAGACUGGACGUUCGUCAUUGAAAAUGAGACAAAGGGUCGCAGGAAGGUACUGGCAUCAGUUGAUGUCAACAUGAACAAGUAUGCCAGCGCCACACCGGCCCAGUACGACGUGACGUUAAAGCUGAAGCCGUUGUCAGUCAAAGUGGUGGAAGCUACACUCAAACUGAACUUAUCCUGUAUCUUUCUGAAGGAGGGCAAGGCCACAGAUGAGGACAUGCAGAGUCUCGCCAGUCUGAUGAGCAUGAAACAGAGUGACAUCGGUAACCUUGACGACUUUAAUGACAGUGACGAGGAAGCUGGCGAAGAAAGGAGAGUCAGCUACGGAUCUGCCACCCAUGUUACUGCCUCUGGCCCCUCUGCCUCCAGAGUACAUGAUCUGGCUUGGAGGCCUGCAGUUGAAUCAGGCCCCACAGAGAUGGAUUGGAAAUCGUCUUCCGGCAUCUCGGCCCUGUCUCCUCCUCCUCCUGACCCCCCAGACCCCUCUGUUCCAUCCUCUCUUUUACAAACCCCUUCACCACCACCAGUUACCACCCAGGAGGCUAAGCCCUCCCUCUAUGCCUACACUCUGCCAGCCUUUACACGUGCUCACCCUCCUGCACUUCCCAAAAUCUUCCAGCCCGGUGCUGGAUCAGUGCCUGUUUCAGCUCCUCGAAGGCCCCAUAGCUUCCACUGUGAGUCCUCUCCCACUGAGGGUUGGGAGGCGCAGGGUCUUCCUACAUUCACCCCUCCCAAAGCCCUCUUUUCCUCCUCUCUUUCCUCUGAUCCAUCGCUCCAUCCUCCUGCUUUCUCUGAUACCUCAAGAAAAGCCUGGAGAACACAGAGCGUUCCUUCCAUCUCUUCCCUGUCCUCCUCCUCCUCUUCCUCUGCCUCCUCAGCUCCUCUCACCAUCCCUCCUUUACCCCCUCCCCCACCUCCUCUCCGCCAACCCAAAUCCCGCCUCCCCUCUGCCAGGGAGGCCGGGUCUGCCCUGACCAGACCCACCAGUCUACCAUCUGCCCCAGAGACAGCUUCCUGGCUGACUGAAUGGAAGCCUCCUAAAUCUCAGGCCCCUCUAGCUCAACCAGCCCUCUCUCCAAAGUUUCUGCAUUUCUCUACCAAUGAUCCUGGACAAGCUGAAGUGGUGCAGAAAAAACAGAAAAUAGAGACACCAUCUUCAUCCUCUUUGCACACGGGUCAGUCUCCAGAAGAAAAACCCCAAACAGGGUCUGGAUUUAUUCCCUCCUGGAGACCCCAGGUCACACCCCCAGUAGAGACCCCCACUCAGAGUCCACACUCUGCUCUCUCUGGACCUCCUCCGCCUCUUCCUCCUCGUCAUCAGCCUCUUAUAUCCCAAACUGUUUUAGCCUCCCCCAGUGACCAAGAUACAGAAUUCCAAAGACAGCUGAGCACACUCAGUGAAGAGGACAGCCAGAGUACAACACCCACUACUCCUGAUCCCAGAACGUCUGGAUUUGUGGGAAUGAACAGCGCUGCCGGCCGGAGACCAGAGCUGUCCAGAGCUUCAGAACGGAAAAGAGACCCAUCAUUUGGAAUUGAAGUUGUCAGAACAUCUGCAGGACCUCAGAGCAUGACCUCACUCCUGCCCGUUAACCCCAGAGCUCCCUUAGACCCAGAGCUAAAAUAUAGUGAGAUGUCAAAAACACAGAUGAAACAAACAAAAUCAAGGAAAACAAGGGCAUCCUCUAACAUCCAGCCAACACUUCAUCCUCGUACUUUUACACCAAAACCAAAUCCUGAUGUUAAUGACUCUACAUCUUCUACAUCAGAAAACAAGCGUCUGGUCCAGCCAACUUUUCACAUGUCCAAGAUGUCUGUUCAGAUAGGAAAUCCAAUUGCCCAACCAGAUCUGGGCCACCAUGUCCCUCUUUCUGCUACCCAAUCCCAACAUACCUCAGGAUCACAGCAACCUUUGCUGAACUUGCCUCAAAUUGCUACAACGAAACCAAUAAUGGCAAUAGGAGAUGCCCGUAAAAAGGAGGUUGUAACUAUGGAUUUGGGAAAUGAAAUUGUGUCAUCUUGUGUUGGAGAGGAUAGUUCUGCUUUCCCUAAAAUGAUGAUGAAAAAUACACCAGGAGUUAAGUCCCAUGAAAAGUUUAUUGCAAAGAACUCAUAUUUGGAGGAACCGCAAAAAGAGACUCUAAAACCUGUAAACCCUUUUCUUCCAAUACCUCAGACCAAUAAGAAGAUAACAAGCAGCACGGAUGUCUCUGACCCAGUUACUUUGAGGUCACACUCUUAUGUGGGAUUACCACUGAAACUGAACACUGAAGUCAGUAUGGGAGAAAAGUCUUACAUAUCAUCGUACAUAUCUAAGGUGGAACUUGGUCCAUUAUGUCCAAAAGGGAGAUCUCAUUUGCCAUCUACAAAUCAGUCUGAAACUCUGGUUAAAGGAACAGUAAGAGAGCCAAAUAUGAUUGCAUUACUACCAAGUUGCCCACAAAUGUCCAAUAUUCCUGGCAUGCCGUCUUUACUUCUGGCACAAGUGAUAGUAUGGCCUGAAGAUAAGGAUCUACCGUUUCAGAAGGUACCCAGCAAAAGAUCGCCACUGCUUCUGUAUUCAAAUUAUUUCAGUUCGUUUUAUAACAGUGAAGAUAUAGCAGAAAUGGUGGCUUUAACCCCAUCUUGUGUCAGGUCUACUAGUUUUUCUGGAGUCCCAUCUAUUUUCAGAAGCCAGCCAAACAUGGUAGAAUUCUUACCCACAUGUCCUAGGGUUUGUAGAGCACCAGGUUUAGCUUCUGUAGGAUCAGACACUGGCUAUGAAAACUGUGUUUGGGAGAGAGAUUCUCUGUGGAAGAAACCAUUGCAGACAAAACAACCGUUUGUAGUAGAUUCGUCUUGUGUUCAGGAGCAAGCACUCAGUGACUCUAAGAUGAUGAAAGUCAUGGUUUCCAUGUUGCCAACAUGCCCUAGAAAGGCCAGAGUUGAAGGGUUUCCUUCUGUUCCACCGAAGGAAGCUCCAAGUAGUCCAAAUAUGGCCAGUCUUCUUCCUACAUGCCCCAGUCAGACAGUUAUUGCAGGUAUGCCGUUUAGACAAAACAGCAUGGCAGAUACUGAAAACUGGCAUAGCUUGAAGGAAUUCAUGUUAGAAAGAGCAUUCAGAAGUACUCUUGUUCUGGUUCAUGAAAAGACACAUGAAGAGAAAGAGCUUUUAAAACAUAUGGUAAAUAUAUUACCAUCUUGUCCCAGACAGGCAACUGUUUCUGGUUUUCCUUCCGUACCACACGACAGACAGUCUUUCCUUGGUUUUUCGUCAAGAAGGCAAGAUCCCAGCAUGGUAGAAUUUUUGCCCACUUGUCCAAGAAAAACCAAAGUCAUAGGUUUACCAUCUAAAGAACCAAUUAGUGCUCACAGCAAAGGAGACCAGAAUGUUUCAGAAAAUAAACAUUGGCAUCAUCUGAGGAAACUAAUCAACAAAAGACCAGAGAAAAAAACACAAGCUCAUAUUGUUCAUUGGGUUCCAAAAAAUACAGAAAUCCUUAAAGACAUGUCAGAUAUGUUGUUAAGUUGUCCUCAGAAAUCUACAGUGUUUGGCUUACCUUCUGCUCCACGACCAGAGCCAAAUAUGGUUAAUGUGACACCCUCAUGCCCCAGAAAUAGUAGAAUCCCUGGUUUGCCUUCAAAGAGACCUUGUUUAUCUGGCGAUAAGGAAUGGUCUGCCCAUAAAAAUUUGCAACCUCACUCCCUAAUGAUCAAAAGAGAUGUGCACAUUUUGAACACAUCUUCUUGUUUUGAUAAAAAUACUGCGAAGAACAUGAUUUCAUUAUUACGCUGUUGCCCAGAGUAUGCUAGUAUUCCUGGAUUUCCUGCUGUAAUGCAGAUGUUAGCUGGCUCUAGCAUGGUGAAUCUUUCACAUAGCUGUACAAAGGUAUCAAGAAUUCCUGGCAUGCCACUUAGUGACACCAACGAAAAAGCAGAAUGGAUCAUGGAUAGAAAGUCACUUCUACUCCCUAGGGAUAGGUCUGUGCUUAUGUUACAUUCAGAGGAUGUCAGUAGGUUGCAUUGUAAUGUGAUGCUAAAGCAUAUGGCAUUCAUGUUGCCCUCGUGCCCUCAGACUGCAUGUUUACCAGGCUUUCCAUCAGUGCCAUGUCAGAUAAUGGUACAUAUACCUAGUAUGGCGAGUCUGCUGCCUACCUGUGCAGGACAUUCCAGAGUUUGUGGAAUACCUUCGAGGUUUCAGAGUGAGUCUGUUGAAUGGAAUGUCGACCUAAGUUCAUUAUGUGAAAGGCCAUUAAGAACCCCACUCCCUGUAAUACAUGAACAAAAAAUGUAUUUAACAGGAAAAUCACUGGGUAGAAUAAUGGUGUCAAUGUUGCCACCUUGUCCCAGACAUUCUGUUAUUCAUGGAAUUCCUUCUAAGGCAGGAAAGACAUCUGUGAGAGCUUUUGUGAAAGAAGCUCCAAAUACGUUUAAAUCCAUAGACACCUUUCCAAAAAACAGUACAGUUCCAGGCAUACCUGCUAGAAAUGUAAAAGAAUACAAUGUUUGGUUUGUGGACAGAGAUCUGUUUUGGGAGAGACCUUUGAAAGGAUGGAAGGGAGUAGUUUGCAAAGAUAUAUCAGCUGAGGAAAUGUCAUAUCAGCAUAAAAAAAUAAUGUUGAGUAUGCUUCCGUCAUGUCCACGACAAGCCCUAAGUCCUGGAUUUCCAUCUGCUCCACGACCCCAGGCUGUUUGUGGCACUGGUCAGACAGAUCCUGACAUGGUACAAUUGCUGCCAUGUUGCCCAGAACACUCUGUUGUCAUUGGUUUUGCAUCAAGAGGGUUUAUUUCUAAUUCCAAUGUAGUGGGCUGGCCAGUGGUGAAUGAAAUAAUUUUCCUUAAACAUUUGAAGCCAAAGAUUGCUCUUAGUUCUGAUAAUUCAGUGGCUCCACAACCUGAACAGUGGCUUCCUAAUAUGGUAAAUAUUGUGCCUUCUUGUCCAAAGAAAAUGACCAUUCCUGGGUUACCAUCAACACACUAUUCAGAACAGUGGUGGCCAGUUAAAACGUCACUACCAAUGAAGUCAUGUGAAACAAAAAGGGAAGACCAAGUUCCUCAGUCCUCAAUUGAAGAUCAGUGUCUUGAUGUAGGAACAAGACCCAUGCAGCAAGUCCCAAACCAAGCUCUACCAAAGGAUGUACAACAAAGAACCAGUUCUGCAGAAGUCAUUGCCAAAGAAGUCCCAUCAUCAGAUCAUGAGAUUCAAGUGGAUGCACCAUCCUCUUGUGUUAAAACAGCUGGGAUAUUAUGGGACAAAGGCAGUCAAAAUAGAUUAAAUCUUGACUCAAAGGAAGCAAAAUCUGAUGUAUGCCCACCUGUUGGGAUGCAUAAAGAUGAGUGGGGUGCUUGGACACCAAGUGAGGCUGAAGAAGUUCUAAGAUCUGGACACUUGCAUUGCAGAAUGUGGCACUCCAUUCCUGACAUGCCACUAAUUUUGAGUGUUAGGAAGAGCUCCUUGGGGCAAAUGGAUAACCAAGAAACACAUGACAUUGCAGAUGUUGGUAAAGAAGUAGAUACUGCUGAACUAACUGGGGAGGCUUAUAGUGUCUGGCCCUUAGAGGAGUCAAAUAAGGUGAUAUCAGUAGAGACACUGGAUGUCAUGGAUAAAGAGAGUGUUAGAUAUUCUGAGAGUGGACAUGAAAAUGUUUCACCUCAACCGUCAUGCCAGAAAGUUGCUGAUGCUGAAAACUUACCACUGUCAGUACAUAAAUUGGAGCAACAAUUAGAAAAGUAUCCUACACACAGGACCAUUUUGUGGGAGGAACUACCAAAGACUUCUCCAGGAAAAUAUUCUUCAGACAGAAGUAUAGAAUGGGAAGAGCUACCAAAGGCAUCUACAGAUCUGGAUAAAUUAAGGAAAGAAAUGGAAAUGAUGGAAGAAAUGGUUCCGUCCAUUCCCAGUGGAACUAUGUUCACUUGCCCCUUGUUGUUACCCUUUGACAAUGAAGUUAAGACAGAAGCUGGAACACCAGAUGUAAUGCCAUUAUAUCCAAUACCCAGUGGCAUGUUAGAAUUACCUGCCAGUGCUGAACAGAUGAAUGAAUUUGUACCAGACAAUGAGUUUAAAAAGGAUGAUGAAAUUACAAGUUCUGCACAAACUCUUACAACAAAGGGGUACGCAUUUCCAGUGGAAACAGGGGUGAAGGAAUCAUCUCAGGAACAGGAACUUAGUGCAGUGCCAAUGCCAUUAGAAGGAGCUUUGGAUCCAAUUUUCCCCAAACAUUCCUGUAUGCCAGAUGCCAAUUCAAUUUCAAAUUUAGCCCCAGUUUGUCCAAAAGAAGAAGCCCUCUUGGGACUUUCAUGUGAGGUGGAGUCACCAGCCAUAUUUCCUGUGUCUUCAGAGGCCAUUUUUCCAUCUAUGCAGAAAGAUGAUAGCAAAAACUGGGACAUUAUUCAUCAUCCAAUAUUAGAAACAGAAAGCAAAACAUUGCUGGUAUCAUUACCAGAGAACAAGGAAAUGACCAGAGACAUAGAAGGAGAGGUUCCACUUGCACAAAGUUACCAAAAAGAGUGUAGCAUCUAUGAGUUUCCUUCUCAAACACAAUCCAGAGGUUUGUAUGCUGCUGAAAUGCCAAGUAUGGUCAACAUGUCAUGCUCAUGCACCACAGUGUCAAAAAUACCAGGAUUUCCAUCUUCGCACAGUUUGAAUGACUGGACAGUGAGCAAGGAGCCAUUGACUUCUCCACAACUGAAAGACAAACACAUACCACUCAUUGACAGUUUUGAAAUGGAUCAGAGAGCAGUGAAGGCAAUGAUUUCUGUGGUCCCAUCUUGUCCAAAAGAAGCACAAACACCAGGAUUUCCCUCUCAUUCAAAUCCUGUUACUGUGUAUUGCGUACCAAAUACUGUCAGCCUUUUAUCAUUAUGUCCUCAAGUUUCCAAAAUACCUGGAUUCCCAUCAGUUGAUAUGGAGAAGAGUGCUGUAUGGGCAACAGAAAACCACUCACUUUUAGUGUCAAAGAGGCUACCAACAAAGACUGUCAUAUUUGACACAUUGAGAGACAACAACAAGUCAGAGCUAAAUAUGGUUUCCUUGGUACCAUCCUGCCCAAAAGUGUCAAGUAUUCCUGGUUUCCCAUCCAUUCCAAAUCCAAAAGUUGUGUAUUAUGGCCUUAAUACAGUCAGCCUGCUUCCUUUGUGCCCCAAAGUUUCUGCCAUUCCUGGAUUUCCAUCUCUUGAAAGACAUAAAGAAGAAGAAUUGAUGGUUGAACUGGGUUCACUGAUUCACAAACCACAAAGGAACAUUCAGUUUAGUAUUGACGGUUCACCAGUUCACAUAGAUAAACCAAACAACAUGCAUGCUUUAGUCCCCUCUUGCCCAAGAGCAUCAAGAAUUCCGGGGUUCCCAUCUGUCCCUCAGUACAAUAUUACAAGUCUUCUACCUGCUUGCCCCAAAAUAUCACUUUUACCUGGAGUUUCAUCAUUUGAAGAGACUUCAAAUUUCCAGUGGGUUUCUGAUCAACACACAUUAUACAACAGGUUUUCAAAGGAGGCAGUUGUUAUGACAGAUGGCCAAAAUCAAGAAAAGGAAACUGUUAAGAUGAUGGUGGCCUUAGUACCAUCUUGCCCAGAAGCAUCCAAGAUCCCUGGUUUCCCCUCUGCAUCUCAGACCAACCCCAAGACUGAACUAAGCAUGAUACAAUUUGUACCUUGCUGCCCCAGAGCUUCAGUUCUUGAAGGAUUUGCAUCCAUGACUGCAGUGGAAAGCACAGGCUGGCAAAAUGAAACAAAACCUUUCUUAUUAAAGCCUCAGAGAAACAGGGCAGAAAUGCUCAUGGCAAUUUAUGAACAGGAUCAACAAUGUUGCCACAGCAUGAAAAGCAUGGUGAAAUUACUCCCAUCGUGCCCGAAAGAGGCAAGAAUAUGUGGCUUUCCUUCUGCACAAGUUGUAAUGAGACCACCAAACAUGGUCAGUUUGUACACAUCAGCUCCAUGUGUUUCAUGUGUGCCAGGUUUUCCGUCAGCAAGAACGCUUAGUGCUGAAUGUAUGAACAUACACUCUAUAACAACACAGAGCAAGCCCUUAUUUGAGAAGCAGCAGAAUAGGAUGUUUCUUCUUGUGAAUUUUCCAGGAGAACAUAAAAGUGAAAUGAAAUAUGUGGUAGCAAUGGCUCCAUCAUGUCCACAUUUGGCACAAACUCCUGGGUUUCCAAGCAUUUUACAACUAAACCCAACAGACAAGCAAACAAAGACUACCCUGUUGCCUGCCAUUGAAGGCAAUCAAGAAUUAUCUCAUACACAGGCAACUCAGUUAAUCCAAAAAAAUCCUGGUUCUCCCUCUACGUCUGUUAGAAGCCCCAGCACAGUGCUUGCACAUGAGGAGAAAUAUGAAGCCGCUACAGGCCAAGGCACACCCCUUUGUGUAGAUAAUGGUAAAACACAGAAAGAGAAGGUAGAGACAGAGGAAACCCAAAAGCUGAAGAAACUAUCGGACACAUCAGUGCCAAAAGGAGUCUUAGGUUGGGAAGUACUGGAUGCAGAGGGAACAGUAACAGAGAAACAGGCUGAGCCCAAAGAGGAGGAGGCCUCAGGAUUAGUGAAGGCGAUUGUGGGUGUUUUCCACAAAGGUUAUGAAACAGUAGCUUCCAUUCUGGGGCCAUCUAGCUCUACUUUAGCCGAAAGUCAUCACCAGCUGAAGACUGUCUCUUCUGAGGGCCUGGUGGAGAAGGCAUUGGCUUCUUCCUGUGACUCUUCCCCAUGUGUUACAGAUGACCCAGAUCUCACACAGUUGACAGUGCCUUUAGAGAACCAGUUUAUGGACACUGAGAACAAAUGCACCACUGAAUAUCCAUUAAGUGCUGAGCCCUACAUGUGGGACUUGGCGGAGAAUCGAUCAGGUUCUCCAUCAUCAGUUACAGAAGGGGAUAAUGGGUUUGUGGUUUGUGCAAGCAUAAAGAAGUGGCCACCAUUGACAGAGGCAGAUCUCAGUGAAAUUUCGAAGGAUGACAGUGAAGUAACAGAGGAACAGAGGGCUUCAAAUGAGCAAUUGAUUAAGGAGAUAUCACUCAUAGGGCAAGAUUCAAGUCACAUGUUAGUUAACAAUGAAGGUUCUGUAGCAAAACACCUGUCCGAGGCAGAACAGGAUGAUAGUAGAACUGUGCCAUCAUCUUCUCAGUUGGAUAAAGGCACCCAACAAACACACACAGAAGAAAGUGAUGCUACUGCUCCUGAGUCGACAGAAAACGAUUCCAAGGAGUACAGUGCUCCAGAUGAUCAGAAAAUCAUUUCUGUUGGACGGCCAGCUGAAGUUGUUGUCCCUCAGCGAGGCAGAAAAUCAAAAAGAAAAGCUCCUAAACCACAACAAAGAAAGAAUGAUCAAGACAAAGAAACUGCUCCUGUACGACCUCUCCGAAGGAAGGAUAGUUUUAAGAAAGGCGAUGAAGCCCAGGAAAGUGUUGGUGGGGAAGCAGCAUCUGUGCAAAUGUCCACAGAAAUUGUCCCACCUCUUCGUGUGAAAAGACGAGAUGGUAGUGUGCCAGCUGAAACUCCCAAAAAAACUGCAGAGCUUCCGACAAAAGAUGGUGUCAACGCUGAAAAAUCUGUUCCUGUAACUGACACUUUAAAAACUUGUGAACCUGAACCUCCUCAGCCUUCUGAUUGUGGUAUCUUUGAUAUCCUGGGUGUUCCUGAAUCUUCGCAGAACACACAUGAACCUAGCCAAACAAUGACCGAACAGAUCCUCUCUCAGCCUGUGGAUAAAAAGCACCAAACAAAUGAACAGAACUCUCAAGAAACUGAUUUGGUUGGGUUUGAAUUCCUACAGCAAGACACAGAAUUGGUCUGGGUAAAGGACACAGAAAUAAGCGCUACUUCAGAAAUACCAAACAUUGAUAAUAUAUCUGCUCAGGACACUGCUGAUGUAAAGAUUUCCCUAAAAUCAGAGGAAACUGAGAACAUCACACCAGAGCCAGAGAUACCUGAUGUUGAGAAAACUGGUUCUGUCUCAAUCAUCAAAAAGAUCGGCCUUUCGCUACGUGGAAAGAAACAGCCUGUAAGUAAAUCUAGCAAAGUUGAUAUGGACAAGGGAAUUGCAGAACCACAUUUGGUUGUCGCAAACAAGGACUCUGUAAAACCAGCCCAGGCUGACAGUAUUGUGAUGGAUAAUGUGCAAGAGAUGAAACCAUCAAGGGCAGCUGAUGACACAUCUGUUGAUAUGACUGGUAUUUUUCAGAAAUUAGAUGAUGCACUAGUGAGGACUGAGAUGGACAAAGAAGCAUCCUUACCUAUCCCAAGGCCACGAGUUAGGAAACGUGUCAGUGGAUUCAGUGGAGAGAAAACAUCAGAGGCUGUCCAUGGAAACGAAGCGCAAGCUGAAAGACCAGAUGACUCCUUACCACUUUCUUCAACAACUGAAGAUUUGACAGUGGUGCAGCAUCAUGAAGAGCUUCCUCCUCUCACCCUGGACGAUCAAAGUUCUGCAAAAGAAGUAAUCACUGUACAGUUGAGAAGAAGGAAAGGUGAAGUGGAGGAUGGUGAUACUUCAGACCCUUCAAGUUUGCCCGUUCCUAAGCCAAGGGUAAAGAAACGUCUCAGUGGUUCAUUCCCAGAUGAUAUUGUAAUAUCCGGGUCACCGCCCUCCAGCCUUCCAGACACAGCAACUGAUGUUCAUGAAAUGCUGCAACAAGAUCAACAGUUGAGCUUACCUGUUCCACUGCCAAGAGCCAAGAAACGUCUAAGUGCAACUUACCCAGAGAGUACUACAGUGACAGAUAAUUUAUUACCCACAGAAACGGAACCAUCUCAGGUAGACCUGGAGGACGUGUCUCAGGCUAAUGAAGAAGUAAAGGAAGGCUCUGCAUCACUUGAUUCAAGUGUGAUCUCUGAAGGAGGUUUUGUCACAAUUCCAAGAGAGGAUGAUGUUGUGUCAGAAUUGGAAAGAAAAGUCAUAGCAGUGUUUGGAGAAGAAGAACUUCUACAACCAGACUCUGUGGAAGAUGUUGAAACUGAGAAGACAUUAGAUGUUGACAGUGAUAACACAUUAGACGAGGAGAUGAUUCAAAGCUGGACAUUUACAGAUAAACCUGUUGUUACAGAUGAGUCAGAAAUAGGUACAGAAGCAGUUUCUGAAUUGGCUGAUGUUGAGAAAGCUGAGGAAGCAGAGCUUGAAAGAUCUGUUGCUUCCACUGCUUCAUCUGCUCAGGAUGACUGGCUGCAUGUAGAGGAUAAUAAAGACAGUGAACCAGGGGAAAUAAACGCAAGAAAGGAAAUCAGAGAUGAAGAGGUGGACUAUGGCUUUGUAUCUGUAGAAGUAGCUGCUGGUUGUGUAGAGGAAGCAAGACAAACAGAGAGAACAGAAGGGUCUUCAAGACAGCCUGUACCAGUGCCUCGUGGGAAAAAGCGCUCCAGUGGGUCUCCUGUAGAUGACGGCAAAUCAGAGGUUACUGGUUUCCAACCGGUCAGAGAAGCAACAGCGAAAGGAGACGGAGCUGCCUCUUCAGAAGGCAGUCCCAGCUUAGUGACGUCUACCCAGUCCCUACUGGAGUGGUGUCAGGAAGUCACAAAGAAACACAAAGGAGUUAAAAUUACCAACUUCAGCACAUCCUGGAGAAAUGGACUGGCCUUUUGUGCCAUUUUACACCAUUUCCACUCAGAAAAAAUUAAUUUUGAGCAGCUGGACCCAUAUGACAUCAAACACAACAACAAAAAGGCCUUUGAUGGUUUUGCUGAGCUUGGCAUUUCCAGGCUGAUAGAACCGUCAGAUAUGGUCAUGUUAGCCGUGCCCGACCGUCUCAUCGUCAUGACCUACCUCAACCAGAUUCGCACUCAUUUCAUGGGCCAGGAGCUCAGUGUUCUCCACAUAGAGAAGGACAGCAGCGAGUCCAGCUACGCAGUCGCAGGCGACCGGGAAACCGAAGACGACCCUGAGGCAGCUGUUCGAUACUGUACCCAGAGGCUCCAGGAGGAGGGGAUAAGUAUCGAAACCAACGGAACUACAGGAGCCGCAGAAAAGGACAGUCAAACUAAGGUGGAUGUAGUUCCGCCUCCUAGAUCCAAACGGCUGCCGGGGUCUGGAGCAGGCAGCGCUCAGUCACCAGUCGCACCACCACGGAUGCAUUCCAUGUCUAAGUCGGGUUUCUCUCAUGUCAAAGACGCUGAUCUAGUGAAAAAACGGAGGUCACAGCGUAGGAGUGGGUCAGUGGAAGAAACAGAGAUAUCAGCGGCUGCUGCAGGACAGGAAGAAACUGUCAUUACCCGAAGGAAGUCAGAAACCGACAGAACAGAGGCCUUGGUUGAAGAGGGAAGACCAGAGGGCCAGGAUACCAGCCAGUAUGUGUUGAAUCAGAUGGAAGCCCUGGAAGCAGAACAAAACCAUAUUGACAACAGAGCAGGUGUGGUGGAGAGGAACCUCAGAGACCUCAUGGAAACAGGCAGUAACAAAGUGGAGGAGGAGAGGCUGAUUCAGGAGUGGUUUACACUAGUCAACAAGAAGAAUGCCUUAAUCAGGAGACAGGACCAUCUGCAGCUUCUGUUGGAAGAGCAAGACUUGGAAAGAAAGUUUGAGCUAUUAAAGCAGGAGCUGAGGGACAUAAUGGCGAUUGAAGAGUGGCAGAAAACUCAAGUCCAUAAACACAGAGAGCAGCUUCUGCUACAGGAACUGGUGUCACUGGUCAACCAGAGGGAUGAACUGGUCCACAACAUAGACGCUAAGGAGAGAGGAGCUGUGGAGGAGGAUGAACGUCUGGCACGUGGCCUGGAGCAGCGGAAGAGAAAGUACGCCAAACAGCAGAAGGAGAAGUGUGUGAUGCAGUGAUCGUAGCGCCUGCGAGCUGAGAAACACUGGGUCGUCCAUGCGAAAGAAAGCGAGUCCCGACCUGCCGCCAUGUUGACUGAUGUAGUAAGACGCCACGUAAAAGAGGCGACGCAGUAGAAUCCAGGAGAGUAGAAACGUAACGAACUGGUGUGAGAAUCAGAAACCAGAGGGAGGCUCAGAAAUGUCUGCUGUGGUUAAAUGUCUUAAAUGUUGCACUAGGCUCCAUGUUUGUACCAAAGAUCAAGCUUGUUUAAGUGGGCAGUGUAGUUUCUAACAAAGCCAAAAUACUGUGUUGUUACUGAGGGUGUCCAGCGUUAAUAUUAUUGUACUAUAUUAUAGGAAUAUAAUGCAGAGUCUGUGCAGCGGAGCCAUUGGUGCCUGAACGAGAAGCCGGAGCGUUUGCAGUUUGUGUGCAGUGGUUUUUACAGGACAGAUAGUGAAUGUUAAGUGAGUUUCUAAGUGUGUUUGAGACUGGAAAUAUUAUGUUCAGCAAUGACUUUAAACAUGACCAACCCCUACAAAUGAAAGAAAUGACCCCCAAAACCAAAGGAAGCAGAGGAAACACCAUCAGAGUACGAAACCGUACACGUCCCUGCUCAAAGAAACACGAAGUUCCAAAUGUUUUUGUUUUUUUGUGUUUUUUUGUGUCAGUUUAACAGAUGUUACAGAUGAAGCCUGGUGCUGCAAAAAUAAACAUGAAUGUUCAUGUUGUGUUUUAUCCAGACAUGCCAUGGCAAAUGUAAAUCCAAUCCUUUAAGGCUCAGCCUGUAUAAUUUGCUGUUUAUACACUACAAACAAAAAGUUAAGGAUAUUUGUAAUUUUUGGGCUGUUUUUUUUAGUUGAGAUUCUUGCACAGCGCUUUUUACUUUUUUGUGUGUGAAUUGAAACACAUUUUUUUAA